CAGUGUCAUAUCAGAAUUUUUACAGAAUGUUGAAAACUUUUCAUCGGUCGCAUCCGAACAGAGAUAGUGAUAUGAUGAAUCCCACUUCCACGCCGCUUUAUCCCGUCACAGAGAAAGGUGCACGAAAACCGAAGUGCGCCCGUUGUCGCAAUCACGGAAUGGUGUCCUGGCUGAAGGGACACAAGAGACACUGUGGUUUCAGGGAUUGCACUUGCCCGAAAUGUAACCUGAUUGCCGAAAGACAGAGAGUUAUGGCGGCGCAGGUUGCCCUGAAGCGGCAGCAGGCCGCAGAGGACGCCAUCGCCUUGGGACUGAGGACUUGUACGGAGGGGACGCUUCCUAUCAUGACGGCUGGACCACUUUGGGGCCCUGGCACUGUUAGCCCGCCAAAAGACGACACAGAAGCUGAAGCAACUGAGAAAACGAAAAGAGGAAAAGAUUCGCCUUCGAAGAUAGAUGCUGACAGCGAUGAUGGUAGAGAGUCUCCAAGCACCAGCUCACAGGUGGACAGCAGUCAGCGUGACGUCAUGACAGACCAUGCCAAUAGGAGGCGCCUAGGCAUAAAUAGACCUGAAAGUCCGUGCCCAGUUUCCGCAAUGCCGACAGCUUUUCGGCCCGGGCGGUUGAACAAUGUGGAAAUCCUGGAACGAAUCUUUCCAAUGCAGAAGCGGACAGUUCUCGACCUUGUUCUCCAGGGUUGUAAUGGAGAGCUAGUAAAGGCCAUCGAACACUUCCUGUCUGCGCAGGACACCGUAAUCGCCCAGCACCAGGUAGCGGCAGCCGCGUCUGCCGUCCACAACCGCCAUGACGGAACGAUGUUCCAUCCAUAUCUUCACCCGCUUCAGCAAUUUAAAUCACCAAACACUAUUCAUAAGUCACACAUAGGAGGACUGAAAUCUGCUUUCACGCCGUUGUCAUCAAACACGUCAUACACAAGCAUACAUUCUGCGUUUUCGCCUCGUGCUGCUGCGUUCACAACCGAUGCCUUGCUCGGGAGGACACCAGUGGUCCCGAGUUCUCGCGAGGGUGACAUCAUGGCGGUUCCACCUCCGGCACAUUACCUGGCAGGUUUCGCCCAUAUGCCUCACAUGACAAACAGUUUGAGUUCGCAUUUUCUCUUGGCACCUUACCGCCAUCUUGGAAUUGAUAUGACGUCAUCAAUAAGAGAAAGGCAAUAUGGCAAUAAGACUCCAUCGGACUCGGACAGGUCGUCUGAUUCGCCAAGUGAAGAUAGCUUUAAUAAAGACAUAAAAGAAACUAAUUAACUGUCACAGAAGAAUUUCUUAAAAACUUACUUGAAAGUGUGAUGGUUGGAGAUCAUGGGUGCGCUGCUACCAACGCAUUCGCAAAGGCAUCGCUGUAGGAUGCUUAAUUGUGUCACUGAUGCCGGCGUCUGACGUCUGUACGCAGAAGUUUGACUUAAUUGACAUUCGAGAUUGGAUAUCAAUAGGAUAAAUGUGGUUUAAAUUGUGCUUUUUGAAAGUUAUAUCACGAUUAUACCCGGCGGACGCGCAUUUUCAGAAUUAUUCCCUAAUUGUGAUGGCCGAUUGAUUAAAAUACGGAGGACAUGUAGAGUCUUCUUUCAAUCCGGUUAUCAAAUAACCGGAUGCUGCAAACGUCCGGGUCCUUAGCUUUAUCAGAAAUUGUCACCAUCCACUGAUGAUGGCCUUCGGGCAUGGCAGUGUAUCCCUCACUCAAUGUAUUCUUCUCAUAUACCGGGUACAAUACCUUUGUUGUAUGUCGCUUGUUGUUAGCUAUUCUGUAAAGGUUA